AAUGAACACAAACCUGUCCGAUGUUGGUUACCGCCAGGCCGGGCUAGCUGGAACACGUCUGAUGAACCAACUCUUCACACAUGUCUGCACCAGUGAUUUAAACAGGGUCAUACAGACUAGCCAAGCUAUCCUGGACAGAAAUGUUGUCAGUAAGUCUCCUCAUGUCAAAGUGGACAAAAGGCUAAGGGAAAGGGGUUUUGGAGAGGUAGAAGGGAAGACUGUUUCAGAGCUGAGAGCUCUGGUGGAGAAAUCAGGACAGUCUCCUGAACACUUCUGUCCACCUGGAGGAGAGUCCCCACUACAGGUCAAGGCCAGAGCAGAAGCAUUUUUCCACGACCUUUGCAACGACCUUGCUGCAGAAUUUGGGAUAGGUCAAGUGGAGACACUGCAGCAUGCUGCAAUGGCUGAUGGGACUGCAGAAAGGGAUUGUGGGAUGGAGGGUAACGUUUUAGGAGAAUGGAACAUAGAGGAACAAGAUAGCAAAACCUCAGGGACACUUGCAUCCGAUUCUAAUAGCGCUUCAAAUGAUAAAACAGGAGUAACUGUAGCCUCUAAUUUGCAAACACAAAAUGCUGAAGGAAGCCUAGCAUCCAAUUUGCAGACAGAAGAUUCAGAAAAGUACAACGCACAAGUUUUGCUGGUCUCCCAUGGGGGUACCAUCCGGGAGCUGUUCAGGCACUUGAUCGACGAUCUGGGGUGUAAAGUGAAGAGCAAAAGAUUCGCCAUGAAAAUUUCUCCCAACUGUGGGAUCUCCCAGUUUGUGGUACAACUCAGGGAGGGAGGGAAGAGGCCCGUUGUCUCCUGCCACUUUCUGCAUGAUAAGUCUCACCUAGAGAAAGCUGUAGAUUUUGACUUGUGAAUACUGUUUACAAAUAGUCUCCACCAGACUCCUUUGCAGGCUGAAUAAAUAGUAGAA